UCCUUCUCUAUCUAAUGCUGCGCUGACUCUGGCCAGCGGAAGGGCAGCGUCCGAUGACGUCGAAAAGGCGAGCACAAGCAUGGUGCCUCGGUCCGAUGCGUGCGUGCGAACAGCACAACUCGACCUCGCAUCGAGUUGGCAGACUGAGCGUGAAGAGAGGGUGCACUCCCCCCCUCCUCCGCCUUCUCUUGCGCCUCCUCCUCUUUCUCCUCCUCCUCCACGCGGGGCUCAGGAGGUCACGCUCGAGUGGGACGCCGGCCAGAGGGAACGGACGCCGCUCGCGGAUGGGCGCGGCUGCCGCCAUCCGCCCUGCGGCUAUCUUGGAGGAGCUCCCCGCGAAGGGGGGGCCGGGGGAGCUCGGAAACUUCGAGCUCAUCGGCCAAGACGUUGCUGCAGACCUCGUCGCGAACCUGAAAGAGAUGCGGCAGGAAUCGGUCGAGGGUGCGGAGGAGGCCGGGACCGAGAUGGUGGCGAUGGACGUGGAUCACCUCAAGGCCGAGCUCGAGGCGCUGGCAUGGAUGCGCCAGGAGGUCGCCGCGCGCGCGGCGGAGGCCGAGCUCUUGCGGAGGGAGAACGAGGAGCUACGAGCGCAGCGCGACGAGUUCAGAGAGCACCACCCAGAGCUCUUCGACGAUGCUGGUUCAGGAGACUCAUCCAUUGAGAGCUCGCUGGACACUGGCUGAGCCUGCGACGGGCACCGCAGAAAUAUGCCCGCAUCUCGCUUGUCCACCCGGAAUGCGACCUGAAGCGAGGAGGAGCGACCCAAAUGGUGCAGGUGCGCAUGAGUUCCGCAGAUGCAUGUAGGGUUUAAUCGGGCCUGUCCGAUUACAGGAGGAAUGUUC